CCUUUCCUAGUGGCUAAUCAGUAAUCAUAAAAUUCAAUUACUCUUUAUAAUUACCUAAAAUAAGACUAUAUAAGUACAAAUGUGCCAAAUUUAACUUUUUUUAUUAUUAUUAUUAAUUAUAUCUGUGAUAAAUUAUUACAAUGCACAAAACGGAUGUUGACAUUCCACCUAGCAUUCGAAAGCGUCUAAUUCAUCUAUUUGGACUUAUUGAAAAGGAAUUUGAGUCUGUGUACCAGGAAAAUGUUGUUCUACAGGAAAAAUUGGAGGCACUCACUGAGAAAAUGAAUGAAAAGUUCUUAACGACUGAGCAGUUUCAAGUAAAUUCUAAACAAAAACCACCAACUGGUCAAAAACUUAAAACUGCAGAUAAAUUAAAAGCACAAACUAGUAAAAUUGUAUCUAGCUUUAAGAGUCCUUCAGCAGCUAAUUGUCAAUUUGUAAAAGAAUAUGGUGGACACAGAGAUGGUUUGUGGGAUUUAGCAUUACCUCGUACUGGACAACCCGUCAUCGGGACCUGCUCAGCAGAUCAUACCGCAAGAAUAUGGUGUAUUGAAACUGGUACACCACUUUUACAAUACACUGGUCAUACGGGAUCAAUUAAUUCUAUAAAAUUCCAUCCUAAUAAGGAUUUAGCUCUUACAUCGAGCGGUGAUCAAACCAUUCAUAUUUGGCAAGCAGCUGUUAAUCUAGAUAAUUUAAGGGAUCGAGAAUCUGAUGAUACUGAGACUGAAGAUGACCGAGUUGUUCCAAUAUUACGCACACCUUCAUGUACAUUUUUGGGACAUAAUGGGCCAGUUAUGGCGAGUGAUUGGUUACUAGGUGGUGAUCAAAUUAUUACUGCGUCAUGGGAUAGGACAGCUAAUUUGUAUGAUGUUGAAACUAGCGAACUAUUAAAUUCACUAACUGGACAUGAUGAAGAGUUAACUUAUACUGCGUCACACCAUUCUCAGAAGUUGGUUGUAACUGCAUCUAGAGACACCACAUUUCGAUUAUGGGAUUUUCGUGAAGCUAUAAACUCAGUUUCAGUUUUUCAAGGUCAUACAGAUACAGUAACUUGUGCAAUUUUUACAUCUGCUGGACUUGGUGGAGAAGAUAAAUUAGUAUCCGGGUCAGAUGAUCGGUCAAUAAAAGUGUGGGAAUUACGUAAUAUGCGGUCUCCAAUUACUACUAUCAGAGCUGAAUCUGGUGUAAAUCGAUUUGCUAUUGCUUCUAAUGGCGUUAUUGCUAUUCCUCAUGACAAUCGACAAGUUAUGUUAUAUGACAUGAGUGGACAACGAGUUAACAGAAUACCCAGAACAGCUAGAAAUAGACAUAGACGUAUGGUAACAGCUGUUGCAUGGAGUGAAGAUAAUCCAUUUGCUAAUUUGUUUUCUUGUGGAUUUGAUCGGUUAGCACUAGGAUGGUCUGUUCAGUUAGGUAAGGACUGAUCCUAGUGAUGCUUUUACCUUUAUCAUAAAUCAAGUUCAAUUAUGUUAAGUAUUUAACCCGCUUGUCAUAUUUUUUAAACAAAAUUAUUCUUUUUUUGUUUCCUAUUUUGUUUGUUUGUAUAUGUGUGUAAGUCCUAAUUUCUUUCUAUAUAGAUUCAGAAUUGAUUAAGUUAAAUUUUUAAAUAUAUAUUAUAUUAACAUUGUUACUUUUUUUUCGUCCUUUUAUUUAUUUAUUUUGUUAAAUGCUUAAUAGUAUAAUAAAUUAAUAUUUAUUACAAUAUUUAAUAAAAAGUCAUAAUAUUAUGUUUUAAAUUUUAAUUAAAAUAUUUAUUUAAUUUAAGUCUUUCAAAUAAUGUUAUAUUAUUAUAGUCAUAAGGAGUAUAAUCUAAUAAAUUCAGUGUGACUCAGCGAGCAUAAGAAAAAUAGUCUGAUCGUAGUUACAACUUACAAAUAAAUAUUAUACUUAUAUUUAAUAUUUAUAUUCAAACACUAAAAUAAUUACAUAUUAUUUAUAAGAAAUAACACUGCAAUUACAGAAUAUUAAUUUUUAACAGCAACUUCUGAUCCAAUUAAAUGAUAAUAUUAAAACUAUUAUUAUAUUAUUUGUGUAAUGACAAUUUUAUGUUAUUUAAUGUAUACAUUAAAAAUGAAUUUGUUCUUUUGUUCCAAAUUUA